UCCAGCAUGGUGUGUCCAGGGCUCCCUGGAGGCUUCCCCAUGGCAGUUCUGAUGGUGAUGUUGAUGGUGCUGAGCUCUCCUGUGGCUUUGACCAGGGACCUUCAACCGCGUUUCCUGGAGCAAUUCAAAGACGAGUGUCACUUCCUCAACGGGACACAGCGCGUGCGGUUUUUGGAGAGAUACAUCUACAACCGGGAGGAGUACGUGUGCUUCGACAGCGACCUCGGGAAGUUCAUCGCGGUGACCGAGCUGGGCCGGCGGGACGCCGAGUACUGGAACAGCCAGGAGGACAGCCUGGAGACCAAGCGGGCGGAGGUGGACAGGUUAUGCAGACACAACUACGAGGCUGUGGGAGGCUUCACCGUGCAGCGCCGAGUUACUCCUAAGGUGACUGUGUACCCCAUGAAGACUGAACCCCUGCAGCACCACAACCUCCUGGUGUGUUCUGUGAAUGGAUUCUACCCAGGCCACAUUGAAGUCAGAUGGUUCCACAAUGGCCAGGAGGAGGAGGCUGGGGUGGUGUCCACAGGCCUGGUCCAGAAUGGAGACUUGACCUUCCAGAUGCAGGUGAUGCUGGAAAUGACCCCCCAACAGGGAGACAUCUAUACCUGCCACGUGGAGCACCCCAGCCUGGAUAGUCCUGUCACCGUGGAGUGGAAGCCCCAUUCUGGAUCUGCACAGGGCAAGAUGAUGAGCGGAGUUGGGGGCUUUGUGCUGGGGCUGCUCUUCUUGGGUGCAGGCCUGUUCAUCUACUUCAGGAACUCAAAAGGCCACUCUGGACUUCAGCCAGCAGGACUCCUGAGCUGAUGGGAAGGUGGACAUCUGGGAAGGAAGGAAGGACCUCUGCCCCUGUCUCUCCUCAUGUACCAGCUCCAUUGGCUCUAAUUCCUCACAGAGAAAUAGUGCUGUCUCAGGGCCUGGCCCCCUCCUGGCUCAGUGCCCAGCAGGUGGCCUCCUCCCUGAUGGCUCCUCAGCCCCUGUCCCUGAGCUGGAAGCCCCAGUGCAGACUGCAAGAGCUGCCCUGCUCUCUCUCCUGCCCCUUUGCAUUCAUUCACCCUUCUGCCUCUCUCCAUCCCUCCUUGUGUCA